CCGAUUAGUCCAAUUCUCACUUUCUCUCCCGCUCUUCUUCCACUUCGUGCCCUAGUCGAUUUCGUAUUUGAUUCUGCUCCAAAUCAACACAUCGCUCGGUUAAUUCUGGGAGACUAUUUUUAGGCAUAGCUGAUUUGAGAUUGUUUCUUCAAAUUUGGACACAUUUAGUUGGAUUAGGAGGCAAAUCCAGAGGAAAAAGGGUAGAAUGGAGCUCGGAAUGAUUCAGCAUCAUCAUCUUUGCUGUGUGACCUCUGCAGUCAAUUAAUUGUUUGGCGAUGUCUUUCCAUCUUGAGGGCCUGAUUCUAACUUGCCGCGAAGUGGUAGCCUAGUUCAGCCGAUUCUUUGAUGUUUCGUUGCUGCCGCUGAAGACUUAUGCAAGUGUCAAAAUGGCUAAAGCGAAAAAGUCAAAGAACGAAGAGCAACGAAGUGGAGACACUAGUAAUUCAGAUGCAGUUGUGAAGCAUCAGAAGCUGUGUCUCUACAUUGACAUAGACAGGCAGCGGAUAUAUGGGUAUACUGAAAUGCAGAUAGUUGUACCGGAUAAUGGAAUUGUGGGCUUGCAUGCGGAUAAUUUGGCUAUUGAAAAGGUUACAGUUGAUGGGGAGCCGGCAGAGUUUGAAGUAUUCCCUCACUACCAGCAUCUGGAUCCAAAGGAUAGAUGGUGUGUGGUAUCAUCAGCCACUUCUGCUGCUGAUGCAUCCGGGUCUGUGUAUUUAUCAUCUCUUGAGAUUGAACUACUUCCAAAUUUGCUGAUAAUGUGUAGCAAGACCACCAAAACUGACAUUAAGGAAGAAGAUCAUUCACAGAUGGAGAAUGGCGAACCAUCAUCAACUGAUGCUAGCAGAUUUGAACAGAGUGUAAAGCAUGUACGGAUCGAAUAUUGGGUAGAGAAGGCAGAAACUGGAAUUCAUUUUAAUGGUGAUGUCUUACAUACGGAUAACCAACUGAGGCGUGCACGGUGCUGGUUUCCUUGUAUUGAUGACAGUUUACAGUGUUGCAGCUAUGAUUUGGAAUUUACAGUGGCCAGUAAUCUUGUGGCAGUUAGUUCUGGAACUUUACUUAAUCAGGUCUUGACAAGGGAUGAUCCACCAAGGAAGACAUAUAUUUAUAAAUUAGAUGUUCCUGUUGCUGCUCAGUAUAUAUCUUUGGUAGUUGCUCCGUUUGAUAUUCUUCCUGAUCAACAUGGUGUUCUUUUAUCGCACUUUUGUCUACCUGGUAAUUUGUCAAAGCUGCAGAAUACAAUGGUGUUCUUCUACAAUGCUUUCAGCCACUAUGAGGAUUACCUGUCAGUGUCUUUCCCAUUUGGAUCAUAUGCACAAGUUUUUAUUGCUCCUGAGAUGACAGUGUCAUCGUGGAAUGUGGGAGCAUCUAUAUGUAUCUUCAGUUCUCAUCUGCUAUUUGAUGAAAAGAUCAUUGACCAGACUAUCGAGACAAGGAUCAAACUUUCAUAUGCACUUGCCAGGCAGUGGUUUGGAGUAUACAUCACUCCUGAAGCUCCAAAUGAUGAGUGGUUGUUGGAUGGUCUUGCGGGUUUUCUAACUGAUUCGUUUAUUAAGAGAUUUUUGGGGAACAAUGAAGCACGCUACAGACGAUUCAAGGCAAACUGUGCUGUUUGUCAAGCAGAUGAUAGCGGUGCUACUUCCCUGAGUUCUGCUCCUGCAUCCAAGGAUUUGUAUGGAACUCAACGCAUUGGCUUUUAUGGGAAAAUAAGAUCUUGGAAAUCUGUUGCUGUCCUCCAAAUGUUGGAAAAGCAGAUGGGUCCCGAGUCAUUUCGUAAAAUUCUACAAAGUAUUGUGUUAAGAGCUCGUGAUGGUAAUCGUGAUUUGAGAACUCUGAGCACCAAAGAGUUCCGGCAUUUUGCUAACAAAAUUGGAAAUCUGGAGCGCCCAUUUCUUAAAGAAUUCUUUCCUCGUUGGGUUGGAUCAUGUGGUUGUCCAGUGCUGAAGAUGGGAUUCUCUUACAACAAAAGGAAAAAUAUGGUGGAAUUAGCUGUGCUUCGGGGGUGCACGUCCGCACCUGAUUCCUGGCUGGGCAUUGAUAAUAUGAAUCCUGAUUCUGAAAAUCGAGAAGGUGGUAUUGGGUGGCCUGGAAUGAUGAGUAUUAGGGUCCAUGAGCUUGAUGGCAUGUAUGAUCAUCCAAUUUUGCCAUUGGCCGGUGAACCAUGGCAACUGCUGGAAAUUCAGUGUCAUUCAAAACUUGCAGCAAAACGCUUCCAGAAACCUAAAAAGGGCUUAAAGACUGAUGGCUCUGAUGAUAAUGGUGAUGCUAUGGCCACUACUGAUGUACGCUUAAACUCUGAUUCCCCACUUCUGUGGCUUCGGGCAGAUCCAGAAUUGGAGUAUCUUGCUCAAGUUCAUUUUAACCAACCUGUGCAGAUGUGGAUAAAUCAGUUGGAGAAGGACAAGGAUGUUGUUGCCCAGGCACAAGCUAUAGCAGUAUUAGAAGCAUUGCCACAGCUUUCAUUUUCUGUUGUCAAUGCCCUGAAUAAUAUUCUUUCUGACUCCAAGGUCUUCUGGCGAGUUCGUAUAGAGGCUGCAUAUGCAUUGGCUGCAACCACAUGUGAGGACACUGAUUGGAUUGGCUUACUUCAUCUAAUCAACUUCUAUAAAAGUCGAAGAUUUGAUCCCAAUAUUGGGCUUCCGAGGCCAAAUGACUUUCAUGAUUUUCAAGAGUACUUUGUACUUGAGGCAAUACCACAUGCUAUAGCUAUGGUCAGAUCUUCAGACAAGAAAAGCCCUAGAGAAGCUGUUGAAUUUAUAUUACAACUUUUGAAGUACAAUGACAACAAUGGAAACAUAUAUUCAGAUGUUUUCUGGGUAGCUGCAUUGGUUCAAUCUAUUGGUGAACUUGAAUUCGGACAACAGAGUAUCAACUAUUUACCCUCCCUUUUGAAGCGGAUAGAUCGUCUUUUACAGUUUGACAGGUUAAUGCCAAGUCACAAUGGGAUUUUGACAAUCAGCUGUAUCCAAUCACUGACACAAAUGGCACUCAAGCUAUCAGAAUUCAUACCUCUGGAUCCUGUCAUUGAACUAGUUGAACCAUAUCGGGUAUCGAAAACAUGGCAAAUUCGAGUUGCAGCAAGCAGAUCCCUUCUUGAACUUGAAUUUCACUGCAAAGGAGCUGAUGCUGCAUUGACGUUGUUCAUUAAAUACCUCAAAGAGGAGACCUCUCUGCGAGGACAAAGUAAAUUAGGCCUCUGUGCUUUGCGCCUGUCUCAGUUGACUAGUCGAACUGACAGUGACAGCAAUGUAAAGAGUGACACUCUUGUUACCCUCCUGCGCUUGCUCGAGAGCCCUUUGGCUUUUAACAACAUUAUUCUCCGCCACCACAUCUUCUGUAUCCUUCAAGUUCUCGCAGGAAGGACGCCCACCCUUUAUGGAGUUCCAAGGGAUGAGACCUUGAGGAUGGGACAUACCAAGACUUGCAGUGAACUGAAAAACAUUUUUGCUGCUCUUAUCAAACAAUCCAAGACUCCGGAGGCUUCUUGCCAACCUGAACUUCCACAGAACAUGUUGGAUCCCGAAGCUUACAUGGAAGUAGAUACUCGUGCAGAAAACCAUGAAUUAAUGAAGACGGCGACUCCUCCCCCAACAGAUACUUUACUAAAUUUGGAUAUUCAACCAACAACAAAUAUUGAUACUUGUACUCAACCCGCAACAGAUGCUCCCGAUAGUGUUCCUGAACAAAGGACCUCUGCAUCACUUCUUCCGCAAGAUGAAACAGCAACAGCCCCCAACAUGGAGGUGCCUAUUGUAGCACAUGAGCCUAUCUACCAAGUCACCAGUUCUUUACUGGAGAUGCCAACCGAUGCUGAGGCUUCAAGAAAAGCAGAUGCACCACCUAACCUUCACCAAGAAAUAAAACCUGUGUUAGAACCCGCACGGGAUACUUUGGUCUCUGGGGAAGCAACCAAGGAACCUGAUACUAUCUCAAACAGCCGGGAAAUUAAGAAGCCGAAGCUGAAGAUAAGGGUCAAACAAUCUGCUGCAUCCAGUCGAGCAGAAGAUCAUGGUAAAACAUCCAGCCGCGUUGAGAAUACUGAAAACAUCAGAACCUUAAAUGCCCAUGAUGCUGAACGUGGAGCCACCAGUUCUAUUUCUGUCGAUGCUCCUCCUCAUAGAGUUUUCACUGAGACGGUGAGCACAGGCAAUCAGAACUUGGAAGAUGCUAAUUCGUACCAAGAUGUUGGUUCUAGAGUAACUGCAAGUAUAGGCAGUGUGAAACCUGCAGUCGAUGGCGAAGAACUCGUGAAGGAAUUACAAUGCACAGCAGAUUCCAGCAAAGUUUCUUUACCAGCAGCAGCAGACGACUGCAUACCCACCAGCACUGCAAAAACCGAUGGUGUCCCACAGAGCAGCGGGCAGCAUCUGCACAGUAAAGACAAACACAAGAAAAAAGAGAAAGACAAGAAGAGGAAAAAGGAUGAGCAUAGCACUGAUCCGGAACGCAGGGAAUUAAAGCGACAGAAGAAGGAAAAGAAGCGAAAAGAGAAGGAAAUGGCCAAGCUCCUUGCCGAGAAACCGAAAAGCAUAAUACCUCCAGCUCCAGCUCCAGCUCCAGCUCCAGCUCCACCUGAAAAAAGCAUUGGUCCAGUUGGUGGCUCGAGUAUACUCAAACCUGAACCAGGGAGUAAGAGUGAGCACCAAAGUGAAGGUAGACAGCAGGGUAACAACAUUGGCGGGGAUUCAAGAACAGACAUUCCUGGGAUGAGCGCACAACCGAAACCAACGGAAGCAGCUACGACGAACAGGAGUGGGAACGCGGCACCAGCACCAGCAUCAGCAUUGUCACAUAAGAUCAAGAUCAAGUUCAAGAACCGGACACUUGGUAAGCAGUGAGUGAUGAUGCUAUGCUGUGCUGUGCUGUAGAGUAAGAAUGAAGGAAUGCUUACUAGAGAGUUUUCAGUGUUAGGAAUUAUAAUCAAUCAAUCAAUCAAUCAUAUUGUGGAUGGAUAAAAGGAUAAAAGAAUCUCAUCUCUCAUCUUGUUUACUAAGGUUAUUAGAUAUAAUAUGUUGGAUUUGGUCCGCUGUUA